GGAACAACACCUGUUCCUUCUCGUCCCUCUCUGUUUCUCUCCUCAGACGCCGGAUUUUUCCCAUUCUCCUCUCUAGGGAGGAUCCAGUCAAUUUAACGUUAGAAGUUGGGAAGUCGUUGCCCUCGUGCCAAUGGUUUCAGCAACGAGAAGCAAUAGGUUUCGGCGGCUCUGGAGGAAGAUUAGAAAUGCCAGGGUCUCUGUUCGAUUUACUAUGGUGGAUGAAGAGGCGAAAAAAACACCAACUUCAGGCGAGAAGUUAAUAGCAGGAGGAGAUCAUGGGAAGGAGAUUCGAAAUUCUAUUCCCAUAUCAGACUCUUCAUCUGAAGAAUUCAUUCAACUCGAAGCAAGUGACUUGGGAAGUCCUUCUAGAACCUUGGAUUCAGGCAAGGCAAACAUGGAAGUGCUACCUCAAUCAGAGGAGCCAAUCGAUUCAGACCAGAAAGGUGGUAGUGAUGGUGGCAGGAAAAACAGUUCUAAGACAAACUCUGACAGUGUGCAGCUCAUUACUGGCAAUCAGCGCGAUGGAGGUGAUGAACUAUCUGUAUCAAUUGAAGCUGGAAAUGUCCUGAAUGAUAAUCCGUCAACAUCGAGUAGCUCUUCUCUUUCUCCAGUUGAUGUCAAUGUUGAGGACAAAACUUCCACGGGCUUCAAAGUUGAAAAUGGUGAACUUGUGGUUCAGACAAGUGCAGAAGAAAGUUACAUGAUUAAAUCAGAGCUGCCACAUGAAGCAAACCACCUUAUAGUCGAGCAUAAAGAUGUCUUGCAAACGGAUAAUCAUAGCAGCUACCUGGGUUUUGCGGAACAAUCUCACCUGUGCCAAGCAAUUAGUGAAGCAGAGACUUAUGACCCAGGUCGAAUUCCAUCAUCGGUCUUCUCAAGGCAUCAGAGCUCGAUGGAUGUGGAGUGGAGUGUAGCUUCUAAUGAGUCAAUGUUUAGCAUCCAAGUUGGAAGUGCAAGUUUCUCAAGGGACCAUGUCUUUAAUUUUAGCAAGUCUGGUGACCUAAAUGGUCUUAUUUCUGGUCCUGGCCACAGCAUUACACCUGAAAAAGAUACAGCAUCAGGGGAUCAGAGCCCUGAUAUUUGUUCUGAUCAAAAUGCUGCUCCUGCUGCAAUUGUGCCGGAAACAUUUCAUGAUGACAUUGAAUCUGAAAAGGCUUCGCCAAUAGGGGAACAGCAGCCAGAAGUACAUGCUAUUUCAAGUCCUGAACAUGCUCCACUUCUCCAAGAAAAUAUUGUGGGAGGAGGAACCCUUCCAACGACUCUAGCUGUUCCUCGUACCACUAGCAUGGCACGCCCCUCUGAUUCCAGUGGUGCCAGCAUCCAGUCCUUUGCAUUUCCAAUGACAUCUCAUCGCCGCAAGAAAUGGGAACUCAAACUUCUGACUUGUGCAAAUUUUUUUUCCAAUAGUUUGACAGCAGGUAGUAAGAAUCCAUCUCUCAAGGUACAAGAUGAAGCUCCCGUCCCUCCUCCUUCACUUCCUCAAGUGAAACCCAUGGAGCAACGUGGUUGGUGGUGUUGCUGGAAGUAUUCUUGGCCAGCAUGUUGCUGAGCCAACAGAUCGUUCAUGCCGUGACAGUUUUCUACAGGAUUACUUACUGAAAGAGAUAGAUUCGCUGAAACAAUGGACAAAGACCAUAAAGAUUGACAUGCUUCACUUGUGGGUUCUUCGUCCAUGAAAAGCAUAGCAUUGGAUGGCUCGGGUCAUUGCUUUCAGGCAGAAAAGACCAUGACAAUUGACAAACUUCAUUCCAAAAUGAAAAGCUUAGCAUGGGAUGCCUCAGCUCAUCGAUCACAACUAGCAUGAGUUUUCUGUUGCUUGAUACUGUGUGAAGCCGGGAAUUGCUGCAGUAUGUGUUACAUGUAGAGAUAUAUGGAAGUUCAAACUUACCAGUUACCAGAAUGAGGAGGAAAUAGCAUUUCUAUACUGGAUUCUGAAAGUGCUGCUGUUUCCACUAUGAUAUGGUUGGUUUGCCCCAAAUUGGUACAUGGGAAUAUGGAGAAAAUUUUUUUUCCUCUGUUGUUGCCCAUAGAUCUUGUACAUCCUGUGAAGAUUCUUUAUUUAGUUUAAAAUUUGUCUGGUCAAGGUUCUCAAACCUUUUCUUGUUCCCACAUUGUGCUUGUACAAUUUAUCCAAACAUAUACAUGAUC